GCACCGUCUGUCACCAACUGCAUUCUUAAUCGUAUCAUCAAUUCGCAAUCAUGGUAAACUAUGGUGUCGUGCUGCUGUUGGGUGUCGUAUCGUUGAUGGCUGGGUCGACCACCGGUGUACCAAUGUCUCCGGGGUAUGGCGGAUACCAAAGCACAACUAACGCUGCUCCAGCUUACUACACCGAGGCUCCCAAGUACUACACUACCAAGGCACCGGACUACUACACGACUACGUAUGCUGCCCCAGCCUAUUACACCGAGGCUCCCAAGUAUUACUCAGCUCCUAGCUACUACACAGAGGUUCCAACUUAUUACACCACUAAAGCGGCUGAAUACUACACCGAGCUGCCCAAGUACUACACCACCAAGGCUCCAGAGUAUUACACCUCAACUUAUGCUGCCCCGAGCUACUACACCGAAGCCCCGAAGUAUUACUCUGCCCCGAUCUACAUCACUAAAGAGCCCGAGUACUACACCAAGGCUCCGGAGUACUAUACGACUACCUACUACACCGAGGCUCCAGUUUACUACACCACAGCUUACGCUCCAUCUAGCUACUACACCGAGGCUACCAAGUACUACACCGAAAAGGCCGAAUAUUACACAACCACGUACGCUGCCCCAGUCUACUACACCGAGGAACCCAAUUACUAG